CUGAGCGGCGGCGGCCCCCGCGUCCCGGUGCCUCUAUGGGGGAAGCAGACAAUGGAUUAUGAUUUCAAGGCGAAGCUGGCGGCGGAGCGGGAACGGGUGGAGGAUUUGUUUGAGUACGAAGGGUGCAAAGUGGGACGCGGCACCUACGGGCACGUCUACAAGGCGAGGCGGAAAGAUGGAAAAGAUGAAAAGGAAUAUGCACUGAAGCAAAUUGAAGGCACAGGAAUAUCCAUGUCGGCUUGUAGAGAGAUUGCACUUUUGAGAGAAUUGAAGCACCCUAAUGUGAUCGCAUUGCAGAAGGUGUUCCUUUCUCACAGUGACAGGAAGGUGUGGCUGCUGUUUGAUUAUGCAGAACAUGACUUGUGGCAUAUUAUUAAAUUUCAUCGUGCAUCAAAAGCAAAUAAAAAGCCCAUGCAGUUGCCGAGAUCUAUGGUUAAAUCCUUACUUUACCAGAUUCUUGAUGGUAUCCAUUACCUCCAUGCAAAUUGGGUGCUUCACAGAGACCUGAAACCAGCAAAUAUCCUAGUAAUGGGAGAAGGUCCUGAAAGGGGGAGAGUCAAAAUAGCUGAUAUGGGUUUUGCCAGAUUGUUCAAUUCUCCCCUAAAGCCACUAGCAGAUUUGGAUCCAGUAGUUGUGACAUUUUGGUAUCGGGCUCCAGAACUUUUGCUUGGUGCGAGGCAUUAUACAAAGGCCAUUGACAUAUGGGCAAUAGGUUGUAUAUUUGCUGAAUUGUUGACUUCAGAACCUAUUUUUCAUUGUCGUCAAGAAGAUAUAAAAACAAGCAAUCCCUUUCAUCAUGAUCAACUUGAUCGGAUAUUUAGUGUCAUGGGGUUUCCUGCAGAUAAAGAUUGGGAAGAUAUCAGAAAGAUGCCAGAAUACCCUACACUUCAGAAGGACUUUAGGAGAACAACGUAUGCAAACAGUAGCCUCAUAAAGUACAUGGAGAAACACAAAGUCAAGCCGGACAGCAAAGUGUUCCUCUUGCUUCAGAAACUUCUUACUAUGGAUCCAACCAAAAGAAUUACUUCAGAACAGGCUCUGCAGGACCCCUAUUUUCAGGAGGACCCCUUGCCAACAUUAGAUGUGUUUGCUGGAUGUCAGAUUCCAUACCCCAAAAGAGAAUUCCUUAAUGAAGAUGAACCUGAAGAAAAAGGCGACAAGAAUCAGCAACAACAGCAGAACCAGCAUCAGCAGCCCACAGCUCCUCCACAGCAGGCAGCAGCCCCUCCACAGGCACCUCCACCACAGCAGAACAGCACCCAAACCAAUGGAACAACAGGGGCAGCCACAGCUGGUGUUGGUGCUGGAGCAGGGCUACAGCACAGCCAGGACUCCAGCCUGAAUCAGGUGCCCCCAAACAAGAAGCCACGUCUUGGGCCUUCAGGCGCAAACUCAGGCGGACCUGUUAUGCCAUCUGAUUAUCAGCACUCCAGUUCUCGCCUGAAUUACCAAAGCAGCGUUCAGGGAUCCUCUCAGUCCCAGAGUGCACUAGGCUACUCCUCUUCAUCUCAACAGAGUGCACAGUACCACCCAUCACACCAGGCCCACCGGUACUGAUCAGCCACCUCUACCUGGCCCAGGCCAGAGCACAGACUUCAGCAAUAGGAGGUUUGCAUUGCAAAGAACCCCCAAAUGCAAACUAUGAUGCCAUUCAGAACUCACACACUCAGGAGAAAAACUUUCCACACUGAGUGUUUUGCAGAACUCCUAUCUCUUCUUUAUUGACUUAAAGAAGAUUCUUGUGAAGUUUCCCCUACCCCUUGCCCCUUACCCUGCAUGAGUUCCGUGUGACUUCUCUGAUAAAGUGUCUAAUCCCAGCACUUCUGUAACCCUCAGCAUUUUUUGAAGGAUUUCCAGGUGCACCUUUCUCAUGCUGUAGCAAUCAUUAUGAUUUACUUUUUCAAAGCUCUUUUAAUAAGGAUUUUAAUGUUUUAGAAACAGGAUUCCAGUGGUGUGUAUAGUUUUAUACUUUGUGAACUGAUAUAGCAACACAGGUAAAAAUGGACCUUUUAAACACUACAAUUUUCUCAGACUACAAAUAUUGCUCAUGGAAGUCUUAAACUGAAACUUACUGUCCCAAAGUACUUUGCUAUUAUGUUUUUAUUUAUCUAGUUUCAGGGAAGUUCUAGUAAAAAGACAACUGGUGGGACAGAAAGAACCUACACCAAAAAAAAACAAAACAAAACAGUCUAGAUCUUUGCAGUUACUAUGCUUUAUGCUAUAAAUAACUGAAGUAUGUGGUGAUUUUUAUAUAAUUAUUCAUAUGGAACUUAGUUCCUUAGAAUCAUUGUUUUCUGAGUAGUAUUCAGUAAUUAAAAAUAGAGUUUUAACCUUCAUGUAGCUAAGUCUACCUUAAAAAGGGUUUCAAGAGCUUUGAUGGAAUACAGUCCUAUGGUGAUCCACACCAGAAAGCUGAAGAGAAUAUUAACUGCACUAAUAAAUUUAAGGAGUAAUGUUGAUCAAGGAUGUGUUACUUCUCCUUGAAAAGGCUCUCUUAAGGAGCUGUUUCUUCACAUGUGGAUCUGCAUGAGUAACUUUCUUACAUAAUCAUGGGUACUCAAGUAGAAGCCUGCAAAUUCGUCUGCUUUUAAAAUAAAGGAACAGUGUUUUCUAUUUGUAUUGGCAAUAGAUAUAGGAAGAGUGACUAUUUUUAAAGCAUGUUGAAAAUUUAGGUUUUAUUCAUGUUUAAAGUAUGUAUGAUGUAUAUAUAAUUUUGCUGUUGUUACUGAAUCUUAAUUCUACCAAGAAUCUUUUCAUUGCACUGAAUGCUUUCUUUUGCCCCUAGGAGAAAACUUAAUACUUGUGCCUGAAAACUAUGGUGUAAGACUAUACAAGAUAGGGUGAAUAUUUGCAUUUGUGUAAUCUAUGAAUUACAGACUGAGUUCUUUCUUAGCCAUUUUAAAGAGCCCCUGAAUCCCCAGACUCAAAAAGAAAUGUUAAGAUGUAUAGAGCUCCCAUUUUAGUAUAAGGGGCAAAAAAAAUUGUGUUCUUCUGAAUGCUACUAGCAGCACCAGCCUUGUUUAAAUGUUUUCUUGAGCUAGAAGAAAUAACUGAUUGUUGUAUAUGCAAACUAUAUGCAUUUUUAAGCUAUUCUUUGUGAACUUAUCUACCUGGUUAUGAUACUCUGGGUCCAUGUACAAGUAAAAUAAGAUUUUUAGAAGCCAGAAUACAUUUUGCACUAUUGAUGUGAUACUGUAGUCAGCCAGGACCUUACUGAUCUCAGCAGAAUAAUGCUUAUAAAUAGUAAUAAAGGCUGUAAAGUGACACUCAUCAAGACUGAGAUGAAACAAUUGACAUGCUCCAUUGGAAGGAAUUUGUGAUUGUCUACAUAGUAUUUCAUCCCUUCCAUUUUUUUAAACAAGAAGUUGACAGCCUCCUGCAUAAUGUAGCUACCUAUAUAAAGCUCUUUCCAGAGCUGCUGUUCAUCGGCUGCUCACUGCACACUUAACACAUGCCAAGUUCUCCAGUGGGUGAGAAACAUAUGGAGCAAUGCAAACUUGCUGUCCUUAAGAGCUUGUGAUCGAUUGAGUGACAGUAAGCUGUCCUGAGAUAUCUAUGCCAUGUGAUAGACUUGUAAGUGAAACCAUUGUAUAAUAUGAAGGUUUUUUUAACUUCUAAAUAUACUUGGAUAGUUAUUCUUUCAACUUUUAUAUAGACAGUGUUAUGGAAGGGCUUCUCUCUGUCCACCUUAGGAGAAAGCCAGUGAUUAAAUAUCACAAAGGCAUUCAUAUAUAUUUGAAAUGUUCACAGGAGCCUUCAAUAACUGAGUGAUCCUCAUAGGCAGAACUUGCUCUACUAAGUAGUUGUAGUAAAUUACAAUGAAAACAGAAAUUCUGUUCCUGCCCUCAAAGGAGCUUAGAUUUAAUUUUUAAAAAGACAUCCACAAAUGUGGACACAACCCAAAAUACCAUGCCCCUUAAUAAUUUAUAAGCAACUUUGAAAUACUGUUCUUAAUAGUGCUUAUACACUCACAGGACUACCCUGCUUUUCUUGUACAUACAUAUUUCACUGGUAGAACUGACAUAGACUUAAGGGGAUUCUUGUCAGUUGCUUCCGGUAUACAGUGUUUUCUAGGACAUAGCCAGAAAUCCCCAUUACGUGUACGACUGGGUUUCUUAUCACUGCACUGGUUCUGGCCCCUUUCUCCUCUUCUUGCCUCAGGGUUGGUGAUGCCCAGUUGUGCCCAUCACCCUUUGAUGUAAUUUUGGUUUGUAAUUUCCUUUGUCUAUAAAGGGAGCAAAGCCUUUCUCACACACAAGGGCCCUAGACCAUGGGACCUCUUAAGGAGACCUGUGAAGCUUUCAGAUGGUAAAAUUUGUCCUUGUGAUCCCCAAAUCACUGCAUUUCUGGUUUGAAAGCUUAUUACUGUUACGUCUAUUGAGCGUGUAUGAAGACCUCCCAUAGCAUGCCGGAAUACCCAGAACAAGGAGGUAUUGUAGGAAUGAAUCAGUUGAAGGUUUUCUACUCUUCACAUAACAGAUCAGUUUAAGAAUUAGCUUUCUGGUGAGGUGGGUGUUUGGGAAAAAGAAUCUAAAUUUCAGGACAGACUAGUCUAAGGUAGCUUGGUAGCAAGGCUGAUACUAUGCGGCUGAAGCAAUCCUGGUAAUAAAGUAGAUCAGGCAGUGAGAUGCAAAAACCAAGGCCAUGUAUAUUUUUAUAUCUCUGUGGUUUUGAAACUUUAGUAUUUGGAAUUUUGGCCUUCUGCACUACUUUUUUGCUCUUACAAAAAUAAUUUACUCUCAAGAAUGGGAAGGAAUGACAUUUAUGUAUGCGUGCACUGCCUCAUUCCUAUUGAAGCAAUUGCCUCUAAAAUGAUGCUGUUUUCUCCACUGAAGGUAGACAGAAAGAAAAAGUUUUGGAUAUAAGACUUGCAGCUUGAUUUGCUUUUAAGUACAUUUAUGUAGCAGAAAUUAUACAAUGAAGGGAUAAUUCUAUGAAAAUUGCAAGUCUUAAACUCCAUAGUAAUGUCUUCCUAGGAAAUAAAUAGAGACAGUAAAAAGGCCACUAGAUGAACAGAGGCUUGAAGGGGUCACGUACAAGUCAUAUUUUAUACAAAACAUAGUGGUUUAGGUCCCUAUAUCUUCAAGAAUAGUCACAAGUAUCAGAGCAAAGAUCAUUGUUUUAGGAUUUUUAAAAAAUGUGUUGUACUUAAGGCCAUACUUACUCUUCUAUCACUGCAAGGGAAGUGAUAUGUAUGUAUUAUAUGAAAAAAAUACUUAAUGCACUGUUAUCUCCUAAAUAUUUAGUAAAUUAAUACUAUUUAAUUUUUUUUAAAAAUUUGUCUGUGUAGACACUAAAAGUAUUACACAAAAUCUGGACUGAGAUAGUCCUUUUUAACAACAAUGGAAAGUACUUUUAUAUAUGUUACGUAGACUAUCCUUUCUAAACUGCCUAGUUUGUAUUUCUGAUAAUGCCUCUUUGUGAAGUGUACCUGUUCUUGUCUAUUUUUUAGUCAUUUUCUGCACGCAGUCCUCUUUGUAUGAUUAGAGAUAUGACUGUAGCUUUCCACACUCCGCUGCAAUUUGUGUGCUUGGAGCUGCCUGCACCCCAGCAGGUCCCGCUCUGGUGGGCUGCAGGUCGUGCUGUCACUUCAGAGUGUUUUUGCUUUUGAGUUGUCCUAACAUCCUUCUUGAAAUGACUGUUAAAGCUAAGAUAAAUUACAUUGCAUUUAUUUUAUAUUCUUUGUUGAAAUAAAAUCUAAUUGACUUUG